AUGUCCAAGACUAGCUUCCGUACAUUGCGUGAGAUAGGCCCUGUAUUCACCUCUGGCCCUGUGGCAUUGAAUUCGGAUGGAACAACGCUGGUUGGAUGUGUCAACGAAGAGCCAAGGAGUACUAGUUUGCUUUCGGGUUCCACAACCGGGUCCUAUCAGACAGAUGACUCUAGCGUAACGUCCUUGGCUAUAUCACCUAAUGAUGCGCACCUAGCCAUAUUCACCUCGUCCCUAUCCCUUCGGUUAUAUCCACUCGCCCCCGCUUCCACCACUUCUUCUACCAUCCACCCAAUAAGGCAUAUUCCAAGGGCCCACGAUGCUCCGGUUCACGUAUCCACUAUUGACCCUACGUCAACUCUCAUAGCGUCCGGCUCAGCAGAUGGCAUGGUCAAAGUUCAUGACAUUCGACGAGGUCACCUUACCCAUCUAUUCCGAGGUCACGGAGGAAUCGUUUCCGCUCUCAAAUUCUUCUACAAACCCGGAUCCGCGACUGGAACUUGGGACAUCAUGUGGCUCGUGAGCGCGAGCGCUGAUUCUCGAGUUCGGGUAUAUGACCUCGCUGCGGCUGGUACCGGUUCGCCUAUCAUGACUCUUGAGGGUCAUGUUAGUGUGCCUCGUGGAGUCGGAGUCUCGAACGACGGGAGAUAUGUGGUUUCUGGAGGAAGAGAUUCAGUGGUUUUGAUCUGGGAUACUCGACCUACGACUGAAAACGGGAAACCGGACAAGGGCAAGAAAGGGAAGAAAGCCUUUUCAAAUCCUGUUUUGGUCAAGACCAUACCUGUGCUCGAGCGCAUUGAGGCCCUUGGUGUGCUUGAGGCCGAGGAUUCGGAAGGGCGAUUGAUAUUUUACACUGGUGGGCAGAAGGGGGUCGUCAAAAUCUGGGAUGCAUGGGAAUCCAAGGUCCUACAGACAUUCGGAGAGGAAAUGGAAGGGCCGAACUCCUCGGAGGACGAUGGAGAAGAAUCCAGGCAAAUCUUGGACGUUUUAUACACCCCCUCCACCCACGCUGUGUCUUCUGUCCACGCCGAUCAAAAUGUUCUCACUUAUUCUCUCCCUACUGGGAGCAAAAUUCGACAAUUAGUCGGCUACAACGACGAAGUCAUUGAUGCCGUAUUCUUAUCAUCUCCCUCUCCCGCCCCUUCUGUCAAUCGCAAUCUCGAUACCCACUUGGCCGUUGCUACCAACUCAUCCCUUGUCAGGAUAUAUCCAACCCUAGACGUCCACUCUGCCACACCCGGUGGCAAGGACACGCACAACCCACUCAACGCUUCCCUCCUUCCCGGGCAUACCGACAUUGUCCUCGCAUUAUCCUCCGCUCCCAACGGUUGGCUUGCUAGUGCAGGCAAAGAUCGGGAAGUUAGGAUAUGGGCGCCCGUUCAGGUCCCUAUCAAAGAAAGAGAUGACGAAAACGAUAUGGACGAGGACGAAUCGGCAACCUCUCCCACUGUCGAAUGGACUUGUGUGGCGAUCUGUGCAGGACACGCGGAAAGCGUUGGGGCAGUCGUGUUUGGUGGAUCAGACUCUCACGGAGUACCAAGCUUUUUGGUUACAGGAUCCCAAGAUAGGACGCUUAAAGUAUGGGACCUCAGCGUUCUAAAAGGCCCUACUCCCUCGACCACUGUCAAACUAAAAUCGCUGGCUACAGUUAAAGCCCAUGACAAGGAUAUUAACGCACUCGAUGUUGCACCCAACGGGCGACUAGUAGCCACUGGGUCGCAAGAUAAAACUGCCAAGGUGUUUGAGGUUGGGUCCUCUUACGACCUCACGCCCACUGGCAUCCUCAAGGGCCAUAAACGAGGCGUCUGGUCUAUCAAGUUUUCUCCCAUCGAAAGGGUGAUUGCGACUGGCAGCGGUGACAAGACUAUCAAACUGUGGAGUUUAGAUGAUUGGACAUGCUUGAAAACGUUUGAAGGUCACACAAACUCGAUUCUCCGGCUUUCGUUCCUUACCCAUGGCACCCAACUUGUCUCUGCGGGAUCAGACGGUCUGGUCAAGCUGUGGACUGUUCGUACCGAAGAGUGUGUCGCGACGCUCGAUGCUCAUGAAGACAAGGUCUGGGCACUUGCAGUCAGCGCCGACGAGCAGAUAAUCAUGUCGGGCGCGGCAGACUCGAGAAUCGUUAUAUGGAGGGACUCUACGGAAGAAGAGCAACUCGAAAAGGAGGAACAACGCGCCAAGGGUGUUGAGCUGGAACAAAACUUUACUAACUACCUCGCAUUAAACGAUUAUCGCAAUGCGAUCCUUCUGGCGCUGACCAUGGACCAACCCGGCCGACUCUACAACCUUUUCAAGUCUGUCAGAGCCACUCGUCCCACCAAGUCUAUCGCAUCCCGGGCUCCAGACGCCGACUCCCUACAUAAUAUCACCGGAUCUGCGCAAGUUGACCAAGUCCUCGCCACCCUCUCUGGACCCGAUCUCGUCCGUCUCCUCGGACACGUCCGCACAUGGAACGCCAGCGCCCGGACCAGCACUGUUGCCCAAACCGUCCUGCACGCUAUCCUCAGCACGCACACGACCGAAGACAUCAUCGCUACGUUUGGCAAGGCAGAUACUGAAGAUGGCCUGGAUGCUGAAUUUGGCAAGAUGUUGAAGGGCAAGGAUAAACCUGGGAUGGACCUCCGGUCGAUCGUGGAUGGACUUAUCCCCUAUACCGAGCGCCAUUUGACCCGUGCUGAACGGUUGGUCCAGGAUAGCUUUGUCGUUGAUUAUGUUUUGGGGGAGAUGGAUAUGGGAAUUGCGCUUAAUGGGUUGGAUGCUAUGGAGGUUUCGUAG